AUGGAACCUACUCUCACCGCGUAUCAAGGCUUCCCAGUGGUCGACCACUAUGGCUGUCCCCACUGCCCUACCGCCGGCGGACAAACCUACAUUCGUAACCACAUCGUCGCGAAACAUGCGGCUGAACAAGCAGCGCAACCACAAUCCCCGGUUCAUCCAAUCCACACUCAAAGGCUGAACUCUGCCAUCUUCAAAACACAUGUCAGAGUUCGGAAACCCUCACCAUCUCCUAAUCUUGAUGCACCCUCCAACUCGACCAACUUCAUUUCCCAGUUCGAGUCCUUCCAUGCUUUCCCUCCCAACCCGCCGCAAACCAUCCCUAACUCGCGCCUCAUCUCUCCAUGGCUGAAGAGAUGCCGCUGGCACCUUCUCGUUGGAUCCAAAGAUCCUCUGUCCCUCAUCGAUCUGGUAAAGACGCCCGGUGCAGAUGAUCCCCUGAAAUGGAUCCCCCCUCUCGCCCUCCAAUACUAUAAACAGACCUCCCAGCUUCCGGAUAUCACGCAUGAAAAUGUCCUCCACCUGAUCAACACAUCUGACGCGACCCGUGGUAUUAAUCACACCCCCUUCCAAGACGUCCACCAGCCUGAAACGACUCAUAAGCAAUACUCCUACGUUUUGGCCCGGCUCCUGUCUGCCUUAGUCCGCAGCCCAGAGGGCCCUAACUCGCUACCCCUGUCUAUUCCGUUGCAAAAGGCGCUCUGCGUGUUUGUCGAAGCCAAGGACUUGGACUCUCUUCAGUUGGUUUUGGAACAACUGUUCUUUGUGGAAUGGAGCCCCACCGUCCAAUGUCCUUUCCCCGACCCUACCCUGUGCUUCCUGGCGUUCAUCAAUAUAAAAAAGAAAGGGGAGUUCAGCAGCCCUAAGGAUGUCACCCCCGACAUUUCCAAGCUCACGCGACUUGUUCGGCUGUGUGCCAUUAACCACUACCACUCCCUUGUUGCCCAAGGCGUUGAUUCCAGUUCCGCCUGGGACCGAAUCAAGCUGUUUGCCUUCCCCGACGUUGUUUGGGUCAAUGCCGAAAAUGACGACUACACCACAAUGCUUUACAAAGGUCACCCAGUUUCUGUGGACGGACUGCGCAAUGUGGUCAAGAAAAUCGAGACAACGCUUCUCAAAGUCUUCCAUGAGGACAUCAUCUUCGACUCCUCUAUUCGCGUCAACUAUUCUUACCCUAUUUCCGACUCCCUGCGUAACUCCGAGGCUGGUUACAGUUUUAUCUCCGACCCCCGAAACGAUUUCCACCACCACCGUGGCCUUCUGGCCAACCAUAUCUUUUCAGAUCCUCGAUUGUCCGAAGAGUUUACGAUCUCCACCCCAGCAGGUCUUCAGCUCAACCUCAUCCGUGUCCGACAAUGGCUCGCCUGCCUUGCUGAAGUGGAAGCCCUUACCCUCCUAGGUGUUGAACUCACGAGCGGGGCUCCCAUGCGCAUGACCGAAAUCGCCUCCACGCUUGCGCGCAACACCACCACUAGAACUCGCAAUCUCAUGGUUGCUGGACCCCAUGUGACCAUUAUCGGGCAGUACAGCAAGACCUCCAACAACCAGCAGAGGGACAAAAUCCUGCCCCAUGGCGUUUCCUCUUUUUUCUCCGAUCUUUUGAUUCAAAUCCACACUCAUGUCCGUCCUUUGGCCCAAUUCUUUGCCACCCACAUCUGGCCUGACCAGCCCCACGUGGCUCGCCUCUAUCAGGACCUGGUUUUCACCGACAUGGGUCGUGAGUUUAACUCGGAAAACCUCAGCAAGCACCUCUCCAUGAUCGCCGAGCCUGUCCUUCACUGGCCUAUGCGUGUCAGCGACCACCGUCACAUCAAUAUCGCGUUAACUCGCAAGCUUUGCAAAACCUCCAUUGACGACCUGCACUCUGUUGACCCUAUGCGCGUUGUACAUUCAUACCAGGCGGGCCAUUCUCCUGCUACCGAAGGACGCAUUUACGGCCUUUCUCACGAAGAGACCGAAGGGCUCAGCGCUGAUACCAUCGUUCUCUUUGUACGCGCCAGCAUCAGCUAUCAACGAGUCCUCAAAGUGGUACCGAGUGGAGCUGUCUCCAACUACAUGCAAGCCACCACCGAAGCCUAUACUCAGCCCACCACUGGUCCCGCCUCACCUGGUUCAUCCCCGAAACCCUCUGACCAAGCCCUGUCUGCUAUCCUCCGUGCAUGCCAUGAGCCUAUCCUCAAGCACCUCUUGGCUUUGAAAGGCCAGAUGAACCAUCUUCAGCAGUCCCAUGAUCACAUCAUUCAGCUACUCACCAAUAUCCCUGUCCACCAGCCCCUUGCCCCUGCCACCCCCAAUCCGUUUCUGGACAAUGACCUCGAUCUAGAAUAUGUUGACCCUGACCCUCACCCACCCCCGGCGGUCUUGGCCACUCGUUCUGACGCACCCCCUCUGCCAGUCUCCCCUGACGCGCCUCCGCUGCCACCAGCUGCCCCCCAAAACCCUCCCCAACCGCAAAGCAGAUCUGAUUCCUUGCUCACCUCCCAACGAAUCAUAUCUACUGUGCAUGCGCAAGGUACAUCAUCUUCUCUCCCUCCGGCCUUUGUCUCCUCUGACGCGCCUCCCCUGCCACCAGCUGCCCCCCAAAACCCUCCCCAACCGGCUCGGGUGCAGGGCACAUCUGAUUCCUCGCGUACUGUCCAACGAAUCGAUAACCAUACCUCCCCUGUCCACGAGUCAACCUUACUCGCGCAUCUCUCCAACGUCGUCCGUGGCCCAGCCAAGUGGCGCAUCCCGGAGCAACACGCAGCCGUAUUGGCUCUUCUUCAACUCAAACAAGAUGUGGUGGUCUGCCUACGAACAGGCGUAGGGAAAAGUGCAGUCGCCAUCAUUCCCAGUAUGGUGGAGUUUGGGGUCACAAUCAUUGUUGUUCCUUUCGUUUCCCUCCUUGAAGACUGGAAGCGGAGACUCACGUCAGCGCGUAUACCAUUCCACCACUUCCUCGGUGCCCAAGAUACUCAACCCCUUGGUGCCCACAACAUCGUCCUUGUUUCUUGCGACCACCAUCAACCGCAUGAUUUCGACGAGGCUCACGUCUACUUCACCGACCAGGAUUUUCGGCCUGACGCCAUGGGGGAAGCCUAUAUGAUUCGCAAGGACUUGAAUUGCCAGGUCGUCCUCAUGAGCGCCACUCUGCCCCCCAAGGCUGUCACUUAUCUUAAUCAUGAGUUCAACCUUGCCACUCCAUCUGUCAUCAGGACAUCUGCCGCCCGCCAGGAGCUCAAACUUGUUCUCCUCCCCAGGGCCUGUUCCACCCAGGAGUCCAUUGUCACCUUCAAGGAAUACUUCGCCAAGUUCCAGCGCCGCCACCCAUUGCGAGAAACUGACCGCUACCUUAUAUUCGUCAACUCACUCAAGGACGGAUACGCCGCCAAGGAGGCGUUGGGCCUGGAAUUCUACCAUGCCGACUCUAGCCAACAUCCGCUAUCAUCAAGAGAGGCUUCCGCCAUUUAUGAGCGAUGGCUGCAGACACCCCAGGGAGGCCUCAUUGCCUCCCCAGCCAUCAGUGCGGGCACCGACUAUCCCUCCAUCCGUCUCACUUGUCACCUCUCCACACCGCAUAGCAUCGUCAACUUUUAUCAACAGGCCAGCCGAGCUGGUAGAGAUGGCGUCCUGGCCCACUGCGUCUUGAUUCCUCGCGGAUAUCCCAGUGGACCAGGGUCCGACACCAAUGAUCUGCCAGGUCGCCAAAAGGUUAUCAACUAUGCCGAUGCCAAGGGAUUCUCGUCAUGCGUGAUCGGUAGUCAUGGUUGA